AUGAAUGAGCACGUCAUGCGUUGCUACUACCUAUCCACCAAGCUCGAAUCACAAACAGUUGGCUACAGGUCCUAUAUGUGGAGACUCUUUGUACAGAAGUACCCUGAUUUAGCUGACAAAGUGACUGAACAAAGAGUAGCUGACCAAAAACGUGUUAUAUUGACCACAAAAAAGAUAACACAUGUAAGAUUAGAGCAACUCAAAGCCGAGGUUGCUACUGAAAUUAAGACAGACAGUGAUAGGACAUUUAAUCAAGAAGAUUUACGCUCCGAAAGUCCGAAAAAUAAUACACCUAUGCACAAACUUUCCGCUGACAUGGGCAUAAGUUCAAUAUCUGACUCCUGCAUUACGCCAGUAGAAACUGCUAAAUUAAUCGAAGUUGAAAAAGGUUCAGAUAACCAGAUGACUAUACUUCUGCAGCAAGAAUUCGAAAGAGCUAUUAUUGAAUUUACGGGGACUAAUCCAUUAAAACGACCACCCAUUCCACGCCAAAACUCAUCCCGAAAAUUGGCUAAGGCCGUACACAUCUUAAACACCACCAUACUGCCAAAACAUCUUGCUAGCUCUGACAAAAGUUUCGAGGACAUUCAUACGUUGAUUUAUAUAGCGGCUGUUGCAGUUGUACGAUUUACUGGAGGAAAAGUUGAAACUUGUGUUACAAAACCAAGAUCCCUGAAGAAAAUUCCAGCCUGGGAGCAUCGAUUGAUUCAACAAAUUGAUAAACUACGCCGUCAAAUAGGACAAAUCACGCAAUUUAUAAGGGGCAUUAAAAGUAAAAAGGUUAUUGCUGUGUAUGAAAAAUUGAAAGUAGAAUUACUUAGGCACACAAAACACGAUCCACCUAACAGGACAGGAGAUAUUUGA